UCAUCUACCUGGAUCAUUCCACCUUCAUGAUCGAAGCGGAUCUGCUGUAGGAUUAAACCACAUGAACAAGAUCUGCGUGUUUACUCAGUUGACAGGAUCGGAAGAGAAGGGAUUGGAAGUUUUGGGCAGGAGUGUUUGCACCGGAGUGUGUGACAUGAGGGUACUGCGGCGGCGGAAACCAGGCAGAAGAUACGAGCUCAUUGAGUAGCUGCAGAAAAGGUGAACAAACAGUAGCAGCUACAGUCAAUCAGCACUAUUGUCCGGGUGUUGAGCUAAAGCGCUCAGUCAGUAACUGUUUCUAAAAUGUGUGAGCCCAGCUCUCCCGUGCUACAACCCAACGCCAGUGGCAAUGUAUCCAAGGUGGGAGUCGGUGUCAAGUUGGAAGAGGUGUCUGGAGACACAGGCGGAGUCAGGGACUCCCAACACUCCUCACCUUCCUAUGAUUGGUCAGCGCGGAUGCACACAGAACGGGCCGAUCCUGAAAAGUCCACAAUUCGCAUCCAGCAGUCUCCUUUGGCCAGUUCUCCCAUUAAAGAGCAGAUGCACAGGUUCAGUCCUGCCAGUCAGGAUGAGCUGAAAAGGACCCAUGAUAAACCUGAAACCCAAUCGAAUGUCAGCGAGGUGCUGCCCACCAUUGAGAAACUCCUGAAUUCAGACUGGAGAGAGAAGAUUUUGGGCAAAGGAUUCCAAAGCACUGCCAACUUGAAAAGCACACCGGAGAGCUUGGCUGAGAAGGAGUUUCAGCUGUUACUGAUGAUUAACCAGUUGUCCGGCUUAAGGGAGCAGUUGCUGGGAGCACACUCGGAGCAGAGGAACAUGGCGGCCCUGCUCCUGGAGAAACAGCAGCAGCAGAUGGAACUGGCACGCCAGCAACAGGAACAGAUUGCUAAGCAGCAGCAGCAGUUAAUCCAACAGCAGCAUAAGAUCAACUUGCUGCAACAGCAGAUUCAGGUGAACCUGCCCUAUGUGAUGAUCCCAGCUUUCCACCCCAACACCCAGACAUUACCAGAUACACAGAUGGGUCUGCCGCUUCAGCCCAUUCCCUGCAAACCUGUGGAAUACCCCAUGCAGCUUCUCCAGAACCCUCACUCCAACCCUCUGAAAAGACCAAGUGGUACAGGAGUUCGGCAGGACAUCAAUCAGCCUCUGAACCUGACAGCCAAACCGAAAACCCCGAGCCCGCUGAGUCUGGAACUGGCAUCCGCCCACCUGCAGUCCACCUACAGGAUGAGGGAGCUACAGCACAGCCCAACUAGAACUGCACUUGGCCUGGGCUUCUUGGGAGAGGGUGAUAUCGUGAGCCAGACCAUCCACGAUGCCCAGCAGCUGUUGCGCGGAGGCCAAGGUCUGGCGAGCCGAGAAAGAGAGGGCAGCACGAGGCUGAGCGAGUACAAGGAAGUCUCCAGAACUGACCGCAUGCUCCACAAUAAUCGCACGGAUGACGGACAGUCCAUACGGACGAACGAUGAGCAUCUUAGCAGUGACUCUGAGGGGCCGAUCGCUGGCAUGGGGGGCUACGGUGACAGUCGGACGACGUCGUCUGGCCAUAUAAAGCGACCAAUGAACGCCUUUAUGGUGUGGGCGAAAGACGAACGGAGGCGCAUCCUACAGGCCUUUCCGGACAUGCAUAACUCGAGCAUCAGCAAGAUUCUGGGCUCACGCUGGAAGUCCAUGUCCAACCAGGAGAAGCAGCCAUACUAUGAGGAGCAGGCCCGGCUGAGCCGGCAGCACCUGGAGCGCUACCCAGACUACAAGUACAAGCCCCGACCAAAGCGCACAUGCAUCGUGGAGGGCCGGCGCCUGCGCGUGGGCGAGUAUAAAGCUAUGAUGAAAAACCGGAGGCAAGAGCAGCGGUCCUCGUACCCACCCAGCCAAUCAGAGCAGCAGCUGCACUACCCAUCAGCAGAGGCUCAGUACCCCAGCAAGCCUGUCGCCAUGGCCCUGCCAUUGCACCCUUCCUUGCUGGAGCACUACCUCCCCCGUUCCAUAGACCCACCUCAACCCCCACGAGCUCCUGAGGAGUCCGACAGGCCCGGUGCCAACAAAACACCGUACAGCGAGGGUGAGGAGAGUGAUGCAGGAGAGCGCAGCGAGGGAGAGCUGGUGGUCCUUACAGACUGAGAGAGGAAGGGAGGGAAAACAAUUGCUGUAAAGGUUUGGGAUUCAGGGGAAAGGUGCUUUUUGGAUAAUAAGGGGUCAGUUCACACCGGAGCAAAUCUUUGCUUUACGUAGACUACUGUAUGCCAGCUGUGAGGAUGAAAUGACCAGAUCAAGGAUCAAAGCUUGACUUAUUAUGCUAAUAUAUAAAAGUUAG